UCAAAAUCCUUUGUCAGUCACCGGUAAGGUGGUUGAAUCCUCCGCCCUCUUUCGAUGUUUCCAAGAAUUCUCUGCUAAUCAAAACAGAAAACCCACUUAAAUUCCAUCAUCAACCCACCUCUCUCUCUCAGUCUCUCCCUCUCAUUGCUCCUUCCAAUUCCCAAAUGGCUCAGCUUCUCAAGACCACCUUCCUUCCCUCAUCUCUUCGCCGGAGUUCCACUGCUCGCUCGCCCUCCAUCCACAUUCCCACUCACCGUACGAGGACAACCCAGGUACAGGCCAAAAUCCGGGAGAUCUUCAUGCCUGCAUUGAGCUCUACCAUGACUGAAGGAAAGAUUGUUUCUUGGGUGAAAUCAGAAGGAGACAAGCUUUCUAAAGGUGAAAGUGUUGUUGUUGUUGAGUCUGAUAAGGCUGACAUGGAUGUUGAGACUUUUUAUGAUGGUUACUUGGCUGCUAUCAUGGUCGAGGAAGGUGGGGUUGCUGCCGUCGGUUCUGCCAUUGCUUUGUUGGCUGAGACCGAGGAGGAAAUUGCGGAGGCCAGAGCCAAAGCCUCCUCGUCGUCAUCGUCGUCUGCUGUUGAGUCAGCAUCUACUGGUAGCAGUGCUCCGGCACCACCGCAGCCGGAGAAGGUUGUGGAGCCUGCGGGACCUGCAAUUUCAAAAGCGGCAGCUGUUGUGGGAUCUGCUGUGCAUCCAGCUUCAGAAGGAGGAAAAAGAAUAGUGGCUUCGCCUUAUGCGAAGAAGCUUGCGAAAGAGUUAAAGGUGGAGCUGGAGGGAGUCGUGGGCAGUGGACCAAUGGGUAGGAUUGUGGCUAAGGAUGUUGAGGCUGCCGCUGCUGCUGCUGCUACUGCCACUACUAGCUUGGCUCCUAAGGCAGGAACUCCGGUAACUCCGCCGCCUGGGAUUGAGUUGGGGACAGUGGUGCCAUUCACGACAAUGCAGGGGGCAGUUAGUAGGAAUAUGGUGGAGAGUUUGGCAGUUCCUACGUUUAGAGUUGGCUACACUAUUACUACUGAUGCACUUGAUGCUCUUUACAAGAAGAUCAAGUCUAAGGGAGUGACCAUGACAGCCUUGCUUGCGAAGGCUACAGCUCUUGCAUUGGUUGAGCAUCCUGUAAUAAAUUCCUGCUGUAGAGAUGGUAAAAGCUUUACAUAUAAUAGUAGCAUCAACAUUGCAGUUGCUGUGGCCAUCGAUGGUGGGUUGAUUACGCCAGUGCUUCAAGAUGCUGAUAAGGUUGACAUUUAUUCAUUGUCAAGAAAAUGGAAAGAGUUAGUUGAUAAGGCCAGGGCCAAGCAGCUACAACCUCAUGAAUACAAUACUGGUACUUUCACACUUUCUAACCUUGGAAUGUUUGGUGUGGAUCGGUUUGAUGCCAUUCUGCCACCUGGAACUGGGGCAAUCAUGGCUGUUGGAGCGUCUCAGCCAUCUGUUGUGGCAACCAAGGAUGGCCGUAUUGGCAUGAAGAACCAGAUGCAGGUAAACGUUACAGCAGAUCAUCGUGUAAUCUAUGGCGCUGAUCUGGCUGCCUUCUUGCAAACCCUAGCAAAGAUUAUCGAGGACCCCAAAGAUCUUACAUUCUAGUCCACACCCUGUCACGAGUUGAGGCCUUUUCUUUGCACCUGUUGCAUUACCUUGACCAUGUUGUACGUGCUCAAAGCUCGAGUUCUUAAUCAUCAAUUAUUGCUGAAAAUUGUAGGAGCUAAUCACUCUAUUUCAAAGUUCUACAUAGAACGGGAGCAGAAUUUCGAGGAACAAUAUUUAUAUAUGUUUCAGACAUUACAUUUUUGUACUUUAAUGAUGUCAUAUUAGUUGGCUGUUCACUGUCUUCUUGACAAUCACUUUUUUGUGUUCUCUGUUGUUGUUUCCUUCAUAUUGUCAUUAUCAGAUACGCAAAGCGAGAUUUUGAUCUUCAA